ACCACACACCGGUUUUUGAUGAUUAGGCUAAAACAAGAUUAGGCCAAAACAAACUUGUAACCAAACAAUGAAGGAAUCCAAUGUUCCUUCCCUCUCAUCAACCGACAACCGUCACUAUCUCUCACCCCUUAUUAAAAUUGACCCAAAUGGCGUUGCCGGGAAAAAUAGAUUGGAUAGAGAAAGUCGCCAACAACACCGACGGGAAGCAAGAACUGACGUGCCCGGCGAGACGCGAACUGAGCUGGUGAGCACAGACUGGGCCUACUGGCGAGCAAGGAUUGCACGGCGAAGUUGUGGUCGGCACCGGCUGCUGUUCAGAACAGUAGAGAAACGGCGACAACAGAACUGAAACGGCAGGAGCGUUGCAGAGGAUGACUGGAGACCGGCGGGUCUGGUGAUGAGAACCUUACCGACGGCGAGGAUCUGGUUAGUGAGAAGACGUUUGACGACGGUACAGUGCCUGAGCUCACCGGAGAAGACGCUUGAAGGCGCGUUAGAUGUACACGCAGAGAUUUUAGCGGCGCGUGUGGUGAGUUUUAAGGCUGAGUUUUGCGGUGCUAUGUUCGUAAUCAGGAGAUGGUUGAUGUGUUGAAAUCUGGUGGACUUCAGUGGUUGUCGCCGUUCUCUUUCCUCCAAAUCAAGUUCUGUAAAUUGGUCAUCGCCUUCGCCUCCGGUACUGCUGUGUACGGUACUUUCACAGGACUUGUGUACUCCGGCAUUGGGUAAUCUCACCGAACUGGGUCUCUCUUUGCCGUUGACAGUUUGCUCCGGUCUGUUCUUCACCGUCUUCACUUAGAAUAGGAUUCGGAUUUGGAUGGAAAUCCAAUCCAGAGCUUGAUGUUGAAGCCUUCCUAUCUCUGUGGACUCAAUUUCCGAUUGAAAUAGGAGACUUUCUUUUAUUUUUCCUAUUAGAGAGUCUCUGCAGUUCGGCAAAAGAUCGAAAAGGAAUUGGGACUCGAAUAGGAGACGGACGUUCUGUUAGAAUCCUACAAUUCAAGGUAUACACAAACACAAACGCUUGCUUUUUAUAUAUAGGUAUAGAACUAACACAAUUCUCUGUAUCUGUAAUUGUUAUCUAACAUACACAGUUUCUCUCUCUCUCUCUCUCACGCACACAUACACACGGUGUCAAUCAAACAAGAUGGUGUACCGCGUAGCUGGUCCCUCUGAGGUGCUUGCCAUCACAGGAUCUUUCAUCACAGAUCCAGACAUAGUACUUGCUAAGAAGAAGUGGAUAUGGCCUGGCCAAAAGUGGGUCAGAAUCGACUUAACUCCGGUGAACUACACCUUCCAAGUCCAAGCCAUGAGCGCCGAGAAGCUCCCCUUCAUCCUCCCGGCAGUCUUCACCAUCGGCCCCAAAGUGGACUGUAAUGAGAGCAUGUUAAAGUAUGCCAAGCUCAUGUCAACCCAUGACAAGCGCUCCACGCAUGUCACAGAGCUCGUCCAGGGUGUCAUUGAGGGUGAGACUCGUGUCCUCGCCGCCUCCAUGACCAUGGAAGAGAUCUUCCGCGGCACCAAAUCAUUCAAGCAAGAGGUUUUUGAUAAAGUUCAGCUCGAACUCGAUCAGUUUGGCCUUCGCAUCUAUAAUGCCAAUGUCAAACAACUCGUCGACGUCCCAGGCCACGAGUACUUCUCCUACCUAGGACAGAAAACCCAGAUGGAGGCUGCCAAUCAAGCCAAGAUUGAUGUAGAGGAGGCAAAGAAGAAGGGUGAGAUUGGUGCUAAGGAACGACGAGGUCUGACAGCACAGAACGCUGCUAAGAUUGACGCUGAGACGAGGAUUGUAUCCACACAGAGGGAAGGAGAGGGUAAGAAGGAGGAAGUCAGGGUGAGGAGUGAUGUGCAGAUAUUUCAGAACCAAAAGGAAGCUGAUGUGGCUGAGGCCAACGCCAAGUUAGCGGCGAUGAAGGCAGAUUGGGGUAAGAAUGCACAGUUGGCAGAGGUGGAGGCAGCCAAGGCAGUGGCUUUAAGGGAGGCUGAGUUGCAGAAAGAGUUGGAGCAGAAGAAUGCUUUGACUCGGACCGAGAGACUCAAGGCUGAGUUGCUGAGUAAGGCCAGUGUGGACUAUGACAUUCAGGUGCAAGGGGCAAAUUCAGAGUUGUACAGGAAACAGAAAGCGGCAGAAGCAGUUUUCUACGAGAAGCAGAAGCAAGCGGAGGCACAGAAAGCAAAUGCAGAUGCUGUCUUCUAUGCAAAGCAGAAGGCUGCAGACGGUGAACUCUAUGCAAAGCAGAAAGAAGCUGAAGGAAUCACUGCAAUAGCAAAAGCUCAAGGCGCUUACUUGAGUACCCUUCUCAAAGAACUCAAUGGAAACUAUGGAGCACUCAGAGAUUACAUCAUGAUCAAUAGUGGUAUGUUCCAAGAAAUUGCCAAGAUUAAUGCUGAAGGCGUGCGCGGACUGCAGCCCAAGAUUAGCAUUUGGUCCGGGGCCAAUGGUGGCGGUGAGGGCAGUAGUGGUGGCGCGAUGAAGGAUGUUGCUGGGGUGUACAAAAUGUUGCCACCAAUGUUCCAGACAGUUCAUGAGCAGACCGGGAUGCUACCACCAGCUUGGCUAGGCACAUUGCCUGAUUCCAAAAACUCCACCUCUUCUUAAUUAGUAAUAGCAGUCGUUUUUUUUGUUUUUGGCAAUAAUGUUCCGUCAUGUGAGUUUUGAUCUUAUGAACACUAUAAUUCUACUUUCUUUUAUAAUUAGAUAUUGACAAUAA